CGGCAUUUUUGAGUCUUAAGCUCAGUCUUCAUCUAAAAGUGUACUUUCGCGUAUCGCCUAAGAAAUAUAAAAAUAAAAUAUUAGUCUAGAUAAAAGUUAUACAAUAUAAGUUAUUAUCUCAUAGGAUCAAGCAUUAAAAAAAAUUAUUAAGAUGAAAUUACAAUUGCUGCUUUUUUGCAGUUCUUUUAUGAUAUCAUUAAGUACUGUCCAUUGUGAAAACAGUGAUGUACGACAAGGACGUGUUUUAAAUCGAAGAUAUGAAGAUCCUUAUAUUGAGAAGCAAUUAGUUCAAGAAUAUUCACAAGCUUCGUAUGCAAAUGCAACUGAAACGACUGCUGAUGAUGUAAUAGAAGAAAUUAUCAGUUCUAGUAGACAAGGCAGAAAUAUUGAAGGAUUAGAUGAUAUUUAUAGCGAUUCAACUAUUAAGCAAGCUCUUGAUACGGGCAACGAAAUUGAGGCAAGAAACUUAAUUCGUGAUAAAUUGUGUGACUUGGGUCUUAUGCAAUGUGACGAAGUCGUACAUGGAAAAAGACCAGGAUUUCCCACACGAGUUAUAUAUUCACAACCACCACCUGGUGCCAUUUACAAUAACAGACCACCCCCACCAAAUCACAUUCCUAGACCACCAAAUAAUUUUCCUCAAGUGCCAAUUAAAGGAAUUUAUGGACCACCUAAGCCAAUGCCUUAUCCACCUGUUAAUCAGCCUCAACAACCACCAAGAAAAGUUGGAUAUGAAUUAAAUGCUUAUGAAUCAAAGCCUGUUAUAGCUCAGGAUAAGUAUACAAAUGCAAAUUCAUUUUAUGAGUUUGAGCAAAGCCCAUCACAAAUUAAAUUUGGAUAUACUGAAAAGCCAACGAUUGUUGUUAAUCAAGGAAAAAGAGAAGCUGCUGGAGUUCAACAAAAUCAUCAUAUUCAUCAUCAUUAUGUCCAUGUCGAUGGAAAUGGGAAUACUGGAGGCUUAGUUGAUGGAAGUAAAACAGUUUUAGUCAAUACUCCAAUUUCUGAAUAUUCAGCUGUUAAUCAACUUUCAUCGUCAUACCAAACUUCUGGUUUUGGAGCUACUGGUGCAUCUUCAAAUUUCAAUGGUGGAUUUACUCCUAUGAAUACUCUCGAUUAUAAAGGUGUCAACUCUGGAAAUACUGGAAUCUAUUCUGCAAACUCUGUAAAGCCCGUUUAUGAAUCAAAUUAUGCUAGUGGCUCAAACUUUGAUAAGUAUCAGCAAACAUCAGGUCCAGCCGUCUAUACAGAAGGAACAAAUGGAAUUUACAACAGUGGAUACAAAGCACCAGCUGUCUUUACAGAAGGAACUAACGGAAUUUACAACAGUGGGUAUAAAGCUCAAGCUACAGAAGGAACCAGUGGAAUUUAUAACAGUGGAUAUAAUAAUAAUAAUGGAGCCCAACAGAGUUUCCACUCAUCAGCACCAGAUUUCUAUAAGAAAGAAUUAAAUCUUAAUCGAGGAAGUCAAUAUUCAAGUGGAAAUGGAUAUACUCAACAACAGCAGUUAAAUCAAAAUAAUUUAUACAGUUCACAAAAACAACAGCAGCAACAGCUUUACAGCAAAAAUCAAUAUAACAAUAUCGGAGAACAAUACCAAGGACUUGAAACAGCACAACAAAAUCAAUAUGACUGUGUCUGUGUUCCUUUCGAUCAAUGCCCAGCUCAAGACGUUGUUGGCAGACGCGAUGAUUUAAUUUUGCCUUUAGAUCCACGUAAUUUACCAAGUGAAAUUGAAGCUGAUCAUGACAAUUCGACUUUAAAGGCUGAAAUUACCUUUAAUAACUCGACAUCAACUGAAGUGAAGAAAAUUUCCAAGCGUGACGUCGAGAAAGUUCAGGGCGAAGGUCGCCUGUUUGGAUCACAUGCUGUUGGGGGAGGGGGAGGGGGUUAUUACCCAGGUGGUGGAUAUCCAGGUGGGAAGAAAAUUUUACCUACAUUAGGAGUAUCAUUUGGUCUUCCUUUCCCUACAAGUCAUUAUCCUAUAUCACCCUAUGCACCUCACGCGCCAAAUGCUCAUUUUGGUGCAAUUAGUCCAAAUGGAAUUAAUUUGGGUCUUUUAAAUGUCAAUCCUUUGUUUAGUUUACAAGUGACUAAAAAUGAAAUUGGCGAGAAACUUGUCAAGCCUUUUGUAAACUUACACGUUACACCAAAUGAGAAUAUAAUUGGAAAAAUUGGAGCUGGUAUUGGAGGAUUAUUCCAUGCCAAAAAAGGUGCAAUAAAUAAUCAUUAUCAUCAUCAUUUACAUCGCUAUCCACCACCUCCGCCACAACCUUAUUUGGAUCAUCAUCCUGGUCAUCAUCAUUCAGAGUUUCCACACGAAGUACAUCCACAAAUUGGCGAUAUUCCACAUAUUGGUCACCCGCCUUAUUUGUCUCAUCCACCACCCCCUCAUUUUGAAAAUGGACCGAUUUUUGAUAGACCCCAUGGACCGAUAUUUGAAAAACCCCAUGGACCGAUAUUCGAUAGACCCCAUGGAUCCCCACAUAUUUUUUCAGAACCACCCCCACCUUACUUUAAAGAUAAUAGAUUCGGUCGUGAAUUGAUCGUUGAUGAUAUAUCAACAAAUCCUAAUUUAUUAGGCUUCAGAAGCAACAACAUUUCAAUUAAUAGCGAUUAUAGCUAUCAAUCUCUAUAUCCACAAAAUCAUCCAAAUAAUUUGAAUUUCCCUAAAGACGAGUUUACAUACGCACGAGCCUAUUCAAACCAAUUUGAUCAAAAUGAAUUUAAAUCAAAUAAUGUUCAUUCUAUCCCAACACAGGCACCAGGUAUUGCUGAAGGAAGCGAAAAAGUUUCAUUCCCAACAAGCAGACGUAGACGUGAUACAGAUCAAAAGGUACCAGCAUCAAUUGAAAAGAAGGUGAGCAGUGAAGGAGAAGCUGAAGAAAAUCUCUCAAGUGAAAAUGAUUCCGAGGGUCGUGCUUUAAAUGGUAAAAGACAAGCUUAUUAUCAACCUCAAUAUCCUCAACAACAACCUCAGCAGAAGCAAUGCGGUCCACGUGCAGUAUGUUGUCGUAAACCUUUCAAGGCUCCACCACAACAGAUUCAGUACAAUAAAUGUGGUGUAAGAAAUACAAAUGGAAUUACUGGAAGAAUUAAGAAUCCUUCAUACAUUGAUGGUGACUCAGAAUUUGGUGAAUGGCCUUGGCAAGCAGCAAUUUUGAAGAAAGAUCCAAAAGAAUCAGUUUAUGUCUGUGGUGGAACUUUGAUUUCUGACAGUUAUAUCGUAACAGCUGCGCAUUGUGUCAAGACUUAUAGUGGAUUCGAUUUGAGAGUAAGACUUGGAGAAUGGGAUGUAAAUCAUGAUGUAGAAUUCUAUCCAUAUGUUGAAAGAGAUGUCAUUUCUGUGCAUGUACAUCCUGAAUAUUAUGCUGGUACAUUGGACAAUGAUCUCGCUAUUUUGAAACUUAGUGCACCAGUUGAUUUAAGCACCAAUCCACAUGUCACACCAGCAUGUCUUCCUGAUAAAUUUACCGACUUCUCAAGACAACGAUGCUGGACAACUGGAUGGGGUAAGGACAAUUGGGAAUAUGGCAAGUACCAGAAUAUCCUUAAAGAAGUUGAUGUUCCAAUCAUUGAACAAAACACAUGUCAAAAUCAAUUGAGACAAACUAGAUUAGGUCAUAGCUAUGUUCUUAAUCCAGGAUUUAUCUGUGCUGGUGGAGAAGAAGGCAAAGAUGCAUGCAAAGGAGAUGGAGGUGGUCCACUUGUUUGCGAAAGAAAUGGAGUCUGGCAGUUGGUCGGUGCUGUUUCAUGGGGUAUUGGAUGUGGUCAACCAAAUGUGCCUGGAGUUUAUGUUAGAAUUUCUCAUUAUCUCAACUGGAUAAAUCAAAUAACACAAAGAUAUUAAGUUAUUAAUUAAGAUUAAAAUUAUUCAGACGAAGGAAGAAUAGCAUUUAAGCUACAAAUUAUAGUAAUUAUAAUCAAUGUAUUCAGAUGACAUAUGAUAGGUCUGGAUAGAAGAGUAUAUGCAAAUAUUGCAUUAACUAUAAUUUUCCUUGUGAGACUCAUCUUUUAAUUUAAAAAUUUAAUUUAUUUUUCCCCCAACUUAAUUUAAUAAAAUAAAAAUCCAUUGGAUAUAUUUCAUUCUAAAAAUUCUAGUUUUAUUAAUUAAUCUAUAGAUCUAAACCUUUGUAUAAUUUUUGAGAAGCUGGUUUGCCUAUAUUCAUGGGAAUCGUUAUAUUUGGCGUUUCACCCUCCUUUGCUAAUUUAUAGAAUUUAUUAUGUCCUCGUUUCAGGAAAACAUCAAGCUUAAUAUCUUUGUUCCCAGUUUCCUUAAUCAGAAACUCUUUUAGUAAAGGUGGAAAUUCCAUUUUUGGAUCAAUCAGCUUAAUAUUUUCAUGUUCUGUUGUCUGGACUUUACAGUAAUCUGCUUCCUCCUUUUUUGAUAAAAGCCUAUAGUCUGUUUUAUAUGAAGCACCUUCUAUCCAAACAGGCUUGUCAUACUUCCUUCCACGAAAUACUUUCUCAACAAGAACUCUUAUUUUU